AGAGGGGGGGUGGAGAGAGGAGGAGCAGGGGCAGAGAGGCAGAGAGAGAGAGACGCGGCUUAGGUUAUUUUUGGUGGCAUUGCCCGGGUACUCACAUAGCCUUGUUAGGCUCGGCUCGGCACAGGAACCCAACCGAGCGUCUGGGCAGCCAAACUGAUCGUGCAUCCUAACGGAGGCAGGCAGGCGGGGCUCGGAGCUGUGCGCAUCUCCCCCCCCUCUCUCUCUUCCUCUGGAGCUCUCUCUCCCUCUCCCCUCCCUCUCCCCUCUCUCUGUUCCUGCUUCAUCCGCUCAGCCGUUCAGGUGAACGCUGCUGCUGCUGCCGCUGCUGAUGCUGAUAAGCGGAGCCUUCACAAGAGAACCGAGCAUCGGGUGCGUGUGGGCUGCUGAGACACCGCAAAGCAACCUGAAGCAACGCAACCACAACCGCUGGAUUUAUGUAAACGAUAUAACGGAAAAUAUUAUUUGAAAAAAAAAAACAGCAGCAGCGAUAAUCAAGAACAACAACAGACGACGAACCAGAUAUGCCAGCGAGGCAAGCCUUGGAAUCGCGUCCGAAUUAGCAUCGACAUUGUCUGCACCACAGCAACAGCAUCGCCGCCGCCAGGAGCAGCAGCAGCAGCAGCAGAACAUCUCCUCUCGUCUGCUAUCUUCAGCUCUACACGAGUGGAGAUCACCAUCAUACGCGCCAAGAAUGAAAAGGAUAAAGGCGUACCCUGUGACUAUCUCACAAUGAUUGUAAUAUCAUUAUUUUUUUAAAAGGCUGCGCUGGUAGGGACAUUUUUUUCUUCCCUGAACACCGGCUGGACGCUGCGACGGUGUUGGUGUUGGUGGUGACACAAAAAGGCGGGUUCAGGUGGAAAUGAUCUCCGUCGACCGUUGUGGGGAGAGGUGAACAUUCCAUUUUCGUCACCACAUUGAGAAGACUGUCCUUUCCACCUUCACAACCAUCAUCAUCAGCAGCAGCACCAUCAGCACUCUUGAGAGGGCUGUGGGGGGGGCAUAUCUCUUCAUCGCGAGUGACACUCCUUCCACCACCAAUACCACAACCACGACGACCGCAACCAUCACCACAAUCACCGCCACCACCACCUCCACCACCACCAACAUCAUCUCCUUCGCGGGCGUGAGGCUGCGCUCGCUCGGGCGCAGAGGAACGCUUCAUGCAUGAGUGGGGGACGCUUUGAUUUUGAUGACGGCGGCACUUACUGCGGCGGCUGGGAGGACGGCAAAGCUCACGGGCACGGCGUGUGCACGGGGCCGCGCGGCCAGGGCGAGUUCUCGGGCAACUGGAGCCAUGGCUUCGAGGUGGUCGGUGUCUACACGUGGCCGAGCGGCAACGCGUACGAGGGUCACUGGGCGCAGGGCAAGAGGCAUGGCCUGGGCGUGGAGAACAAGGGGCGAUGGGUGUACGCGGGCGAGUGGACGCACGGCUUCAAGGGACGCUACGGGGGCAGGCACAGCAUGAGCAGCGGAGCGAGGUACGAGGGCACGUGGAGCAAUGGGCUGCAGGACGGGUACGGCACGGAGACCUACUCAGAUGGAGGCACCUUCCUGGGCCAGUGGAUCAACGGCAUCCGGCAGGGCUACGGCGUGCGGCAAAGCGUGCCGUUUGGCAUGGCCGCGCCCGUGUGCUCCCCGCUGGGCACGUCGCUCACGUCGCUGCGCAGCGAGCACGCCAACGGUGCCGCGCUCCUCCUCAACAGCGACGGCACCCCGCUGCCCGGCUCUCCGCCCGCCUUCGGCGGAGACAAGGGCUCCCCGCUACCCUCGCCCACCUCGCCCAUGUCGCCCAUCUCGCUCGGCGGCGUCGGCGGCCUCACCCUGGGGCCCGGUCUCGCCACCCGCAUGGGGUUCGCGCUCAGCCUCAGGCCCGACCCGGACACGGACCACAAGAAAGCUCGGGGUGGCUCCUUCCUGGGCGUGCUGGGCCUCCGCCGCUCGUCGUCACGCUCCAGCCUCGCGUCGCAGCAGAGCAAGCGCAGCUCGUUCCGCAGCGCCACCCCCGUCAGCGUGGGCAGCUCGGCCGCCAGCGACACGGCCUCCGAGGCGGCCGACCGGCGCUCGGACGCGGCGGGCGGCGGCGCCGACGAGGGCCCCGAGGAGGAGGCGGUUGACGCCACCGCCACCGAGGCCUUCGCCGGCGAGUGGAAGGGCGACCGGCGCAGCGGCUUCGGCGUGGCCGAGCGGUCCGACGGCCUCAAGUACGAGGGCGAGUGGCUUGACAACCGUCGCCACGGCUACGGGCGAACCACUCUGCCCGACGGGCGCAAGCAGGAGGGCAAGUUUCGGCGCAACGCCCUGGCGCGGCCGGCUCGCAAGCGCACGCUCAUCCCGCUGCGCGCGAGGAAGAUGCGCGAGAAGGUGGAGCGCGCCGUGGAGGGCGCCCAGAGGGCGGCCGCCAUCGCCAAGCAGAAGGCCGACAUCGCCCUGUCCAGGACCCAGCACGCGCGCGGGAAGAUGGAGGCGGCAGACGCGGCGGCACACGCUGCCCAGGAGGCGUCUAAACUGGCGCGGAUGAUCUCCAAGGAGCUCGCGCCCACGUUCCACCAGCCGGGACUGGAGUACCACAAGCAGCGGAUCAUGCGCGACGCCGCGGACAGCGACGACCACCUUCCGGCGCUGCCCGAGCACGCCGACGAGCGCCACGGCGGCAGCCGCGGCGCUCAGCACGACGAGCAGUCCAGCCCUCGCUUCUGCCGCCAAGACGCGACGGCCGACGGCACGCCCGUCCACACGCCCCCGCCCAGUCCCAGGUCGGCCGCUCGCGGCGUCGGCGGCGCCGGCAAGCGGCGGCUCGGCUCCGGCUGGAAGGAGGGCCGCAGCCACCACGUGACGGCGUACGAGUCGGCCACGCAAGGGCUGCAGCGGCGCGCCGGCGGCGCCGAAAUGUUCGCCGACUUCCACAGCUACCCCGUCGCCACGGUGACCGGACCGCUGCCCGACGACUUCGAGCAGCAGCAGGAGGAGGAGGAGACGCCGUCGCCGGUGGCGCCUUUCGCGCUGCGGCGGACGCCGUCGCCCGUGCCGCCGCCCAUCGCCGCCAGCACCCCGAAGCAGGACGACGAGGAUGAAGAGGGGGGCGCCAACGAGGUCGGGGUGGGCGCACCGGACGAGGAUGGAGCGCGGGAGGACAGAGGAUCGCCCGCGGAGCAGGGAGCGGCGACGGCGAACGGAGCGCAGCGCCAGCUGCAGCGGCGGCAGCAGCAGCAGCAGCAGCAGCAGGCCGAGGUGGUGACCCCGGAUGGGUCUGUGGAGCCGGAGGUGGUGGUGGAGGAGGUGGUUGAGUACGUGCAGUCGGACCAGGGUUCCGCGCCGCUUGUGCCGCCCUGGCUUAUGAGUGUAGCGUCUGGGCUCAGCUCAGGACCCCUAGGUGGCCUGGGCAGGAUGGCAAGGCGCCUGCACAGAGGGGGGGCCUCAGAGCAGGCGCCGGACGCGGUGCUCGUCGCGCUGGUGGGGCUGCUGGUUCUGGGCCUCGCCAUCCUCUUCGUUCACCUCCUCACGUGAGCUCCCCUUUUUGCCGACGAGGCGAGGGAAGCGACGGUGAGGAGGGCGGCGCCGACUCCGGAGCUCGACGCUCCGCGGGCGAUGGCACCUGCUGGGGAGGGUCGCCACCUCGAAUUUCGCCGCCUCGCCACCACCAUCACCAACACCAAGCCCACCCCCCCCCCCCCCCCCGGCUUCCCACACUGCCCUAAUAUCCCACGACCCCGACUUGCCGUGGUUGGCGGUGCUGGGGGGAACGAAGUGUGAACUUUGACCUCUGCGAUCACCGGUGCAACGGAGUGGAGUAACACGCGUGGACUUUGUCGAGACAGCGAACAAAAAAGUGCUUUUGUCUUAUCACGUUUUUUGCUCUCUCGUUUAAUUUCUUUUCUGCGUGUGGUUGGGGGGAAAAAAAAAAGUUAAUUGGGCGUGACGUGGGUGGUUGGGGUGACGGGAAAGCACAAAUCUAAACAACAACGAAAAAAACGAAACGGUCUUUCCCGUUUAAAAAUCGUGGUAAUAUUUUUGCAGGAUGGAUAAAGAUGAAAAAAAAAAGAAAAAAAUUGAAAAAAUAAAUGUUGGUUGGUUGAAAGAAAAUUUGAAGAAAAAU